AUGACGGGCGGACGCUUUGACUUCGACGACGGCGGCACUUACUGCGGGGGUUGGGAGGAUGGAAAAGCCCACGGACACGGCCUCUGCACCGGGCCCAAGGGCCAGGGGGAGUACGCCGGGUCCUGGUCGCACGGGUUUGAGAUAGUAGGCGUGUACACCUGGCCCAGCGGGAACACCUACAAGGGCUACUGGUCUCAGGGCAAACGCCACGGUCUAGGCGUGGAGAAUAAGGGCAGGUGGGUCUACAAAGGAGAGUGGAGCCACGGCUUUAAAGGAAGAUACGGAGUCCGACAGAGUCACAACACACCUGCCAGAUAUGAGGGCACCUGGAGCAACGGGCUGCAAGACGGCUAUGGGGUGGAGACCUAUGGGGAUGGAGGCACUUAUCAAGGCCAGUGGAUGGGCGGGAUGCGACACGGCUACGGUGUCCGCCAGAGCGUCCCGUACGGCAUGGCCACAAUCAUCCGCUCCCCUCUGCGCACUUCCAUGGCCUCGCUGCGCUCAGAGCAAAGCAAUGGCACCGUCCUCCACGACCUGUCCUCUCCGGGGGACACGCCCACCGGCAGCCGCGGAGGAUUCGUCCUCAACUUCCACUCGGACUCAGAGGUGGUCACCGGGAAAAAGAAGGGCCUGUUCCGCCGCGGCUCUCUGUUCGGGAGCCUCAGACAGCUGCGCAAGUCCGACUCCAGGACGUCCAUCUCCAGCAAACGCAGCUCGGCACGUAGCGACGCCACCAUGAGCCGCAUCAGCUCCAGCGAUGCCAACUCCACCGUGUCUAUCGGCGACGGAGAGCUGCCUGAUGAAGAUCUACCUCUGGAGGACCAUGUGGACGCCACCACCACCGAGAGCUACAUGGGCGAGUGGAAGAACGACAAGCGCAAUGGAUUUGGUGUUUCGGAAAGGUCCAAUGGGAUGAAAUACGAGGGGGAGUGGCUGAACAAUAAGCGGCACGGUUACGGGUGCACGGUUUUUCCGGAUGGCACCAAAGAAGAGGGGAAGUACAAAAACAAUGUGCUGGUGCGUGGAAUAAGAAAGCAGUUGAUUCCUCUUAAGAACCCCAAAACCAAAGAAAAGGUGGAUCGAGCUGUGGAAGGGGCGCAAAGGGCAGCGGCCAUCGCCAGGAGCAAAGUGGAAAUAGCUGCAUCCAGAACGGCCCAUGCCAGGACGAAAUGUGAAGCUGCAGACCAGGCGUGCAUCUCUGCAGUACAUGACUCCGAAAUUGCCAGAUCGGUCGCCAGAGACCUCUCCCCAAAUUUCCACCAACCAGGACCGGACUACUUAAAGCAACAGACGAAAGAACCAGUGGAAAUCAAAGAAAUCCCCGUUGUUGAAAAGCAGGAGAAAAAUCCCAAAGAUUCACCUCAUUUUUAUCGCAAAGGUACCACUCCUCCGCGCUCGCCCAUCACCAGCGCCACCGGGACCCCCCCGCCCUCGCCCCAGUCCAGCAAAAAAAAGGGCCAGAUCGCCAACAGCACCAGCCGCAAAACUAGCAAAGAGGAAAAGUCGUCCCGCAAGGCAAGCAAAGAAGAAAAGGCCGCUCAAAAGACCAGCAAAGACGAGCGGCCGAGCAGGAAGCUGAGCAAAGAGGAGAGACCAACAGUACUGGAUGGAAUUGAAAGUCAAGCAAAAGUGCCACCAAAACCUGCCAAAGUGCAACAGCCUGCCCCUGCAUCUGCCCCUGCAUCUGCCCCUGCGCCCGCCCCCGCCCCUGCCCCAGCCCCAGUCCCCUCUCAGCCACCCACGGUCCCGGUCAACGGACAGCUCCACGCAGAGUACCAUAGUUAUUAUGUCAAAACCCCCACCAGACUUCCACCGCCCCCCGACCCGGAGGAGGACGUGGACGAAGAGCCCAGCGCCCUGGCUUUGGCCCGGAUGCCCCCCCGAUCCCUCACCACCCCUGUCCCAAAGCCAGGGUCUCUCCGGGACAGCAAGAGCGAGCCCAAACUCAGGAAGCAGGAUUCCCUCAAGCCAAAGAGCCUCGCAGACACAAAGAAAGCCAGCAUGGAGCUUGCCAAAAAUGGAGAAGAAGCAGGUCCCAACUCUAUUCUUGUUGCUAUGACAUGUAAUAAAGAAGUGUUUUGUUACAGUGAACACAUUGGCAACUGGUACGGUUGCAUCAGCGGCCUUGAGAAUGGCCACAGAGGCACAGGGAAGCCACGGAGUGUUUGGGAAUCCACAGAAGAGACUGCUGGAGGAGCUGCCUUCCACCUGGCAUUGGCCACUUUUGAAAAGGCCAGUCCCUGA